AGUUAUGAGGCUAGUUAGGAUUGAGUCUUACUAAACUUUGGCUUUUACACAUUUUUUAGCACAGUGAUCACCCCUCUUUAGAUGCGCCCCCUUGUCUCAGUCUUCCAGUGUACAACUCGCGGGAGUCGCGAAGAAGAGUACUGGAUUGAAUCAGCAUUUAAAGACUUCUUCGCAGCACCUGAGCCAGACGGCCCCAUUGAGCUCAGCUUUCAUACAUCUGUUUUCUCAAGAAAAGCAGGAAAUGACCAAACCCCAGGAACUAGUGACAUUUGAGGAUGUAGCUGUGGAUUUCACUCAGGAGGAGUGGCAAUACUUGAACUCUCCACAGAGGACCCUGUACCGAGAUGUGAUGCUUGAGACCUACAGCAACCUUGUUUCUGUGGGUGAGGUGGCUUCCACAGGCUCUGAAGACCAAGGAGAUAUCUAUCAUUUAUCAUCCUCAGAACAGCAGGUUACUAAGCCAGAUCUCAUUAUCAAGCUGGAGGUAAAAAAAGAACCAGACCCAGAAGAUGGGGAAAUUCCAGUUUGGAGCUUUCCAGAAGUCUACCAAAUUAAUGAACAAUUUGAGAGGCGACAUCAAGAUAAACAAGAUAAGUAUUGGUUGAUGCAAGUUGGAUUCCCUAAUGACAAAAUGAUUACCAAGAGUGGCCCGAACUAUACUGAAUUUGAAAACGCAUUGCAUCUGAACACAAGCCUUGUUGUUCCAAAGCAAAGAUCCCAUAAAUCAUUUGAAUCAUUUGGAAAUAAUAUGGUAGACAAUUUAAACUUACUUACUAGAAGCUCUACAGAAAAUAAACAUGAUACUGGGUGUGCAAAAUUUUUCUUCCAUACAGAAUAUGAAAACUCUAGUUUCAUAGUGAAACCCUAUGAAUAUAAAGAAUAUGAGAAAACCCUCAGGCGAAAGAAAGGCCUUAGCCUUCAUCAGAGAAUUAAAAAUGGAGAGAGGCCUUUUGAAUGUACUGCAUGUCAGAAAACCUUCAGCAAAAAGUCACACCUCAUUGUCCAUUGGAGAACUCAUACAGGAGAGAAACCAUUUGAAUGUAAUGAGUGCGGGAAAGCCUUUAGCCAAAAGUCUCAGCUCAUUAUACACCUCAGAACUCAUACAGGAGAAAGACCCUUUGCAUGUCCAGAAUGUGGCAAAGCCUUCAGAGAAAAGUCAACUGUCAUCAUACAUUAUAGAACUCAUACAGGAGAGAAGCCUUAUGAAUGUAAUGAAUGUGGGAAAGCCUUUACUCAGAAAUCAAACCUCAUUGUUCAUCAAAAAACCCACACUGGAGAAAAAACCUAUGAGUGUACCAAGUGUGGGGAAUCUUUUAUACAGAAACUUGACCUAAUUAUGCACCAUAGUACUCACACAGGAAAGAAGCCUCAUGAAUGUAAUGAGUGUAAGAAAACAUUCAGUGAUAAGUCAACCCUCGUUAUACAUCAGAGAACUCACACUGGAGAGAAACCUCAUAAGUGUACUGAAUGUGGGAAGUCUUUCAAUGAAAAGUCAACCCUCAUUGUGCACCAAAGAACUCACACUGGCGAGAAGCCCUAUGAAUGUGAUGUGUGUGGGAAAACUUUCACCCAAAAAUCAAAUCUGGGUGUGCAUCAAAGAACUCAUUCAGGAGAGAAACCAUUUGAGUGUAAUGAAUGUGAGAAAGCCUUCUCUCAGAAAUCUUACCUCAUGCUACACCAACGAGGCCACACAGGUGAGAAGCCCUAUGAAUGCAAUGAAUGUGAGAAGGCAUUUUCCCAGAAGUCCUAUCUCAUUAUACAUCAAAGAACCCAUACAGAAGAAAAACCCUAUAAAUGUAAUGAGUGUGGAAAGGCCUUUCGAGAAAAGUCAAAGCUCAUUAUCCAUCAGAGGAUCCACACAGGAGAGAAACCCUAUGAAUGCCUUGUAUGCUGGAAAGCUUUCAGCCAGAAGUCACAGCUCAUUAUCCAUCAGAGAACACACACAGGAGAAAAGCCCUAUAAAUGCACAGAAUGUGGCAAAGCAUUCAGGGAAAAAUCAACAUUCACUGUACAUCAAAGAACUCACACUGGAGAGAAACCCUAUAAGUGUACAGAAUGUGGGAAAGCCUUUACCCAGAAAUCCAAUCUUAUUGUACAUCAGAGGACCCAUACAGGAAAGAAAGCCCAUGGAAAAGGCCACACUGGCAAGUCAAAGCCUACUACGCAAUAGUGUCUUUUAUAUAUUCCAAAGGAAAGAUCUAUUAAUGUUUAAAAAGUAUGACCUAGAUUCUAGCCUAAUCAUUGGGAUAAACAGCAUUUCCUUUCAUCUUCUUCACCCUAAUACAAGUUGAAAAAGAAGUAGAUGUGUAAUUUCUUUGAAACCACUGGAACCAUAGGGCUGCCAGAUGAAGAGGCAAUCAGGCACCAGUGCGGGAGAUUUAAGGGCUUCAGAGGUGAGACAGCAUAGCUAAGGCCUCUGCUAAAGGUUCAGUUGCUCGCUAAGGUGCAUGGCCACAGACAGCUGCUACAAAGACCAUGUGAGGUCUGGAGGAGAAACAAGCAGAAAAACAUUGCAUUUACAGAAAGUAAUCUAAAAGAUUUGAAGAACAGCUGGAGGUGGGGGAAUUAGAGCAAAUAAAGGGAUAUAGUUCUUGUUUACUGAUUUGGAGAAAGUAAAGUUUGAAAGAACUAACAUAUGUUAAGGGGUGUCUCAGUUGUUUAAAAAACUGAUAUCCUGGCAUGUUCCCCUCAGGAACUUUUGGCAAAUAGCAAGUUCAGGAAUGACUUUUCUCAUUCAAAGAAAAGCAUUUAAAAGUAAUCAAACUCACAAAUAAAUUUCCACUUCUGGGAAUACAGAUACUCAUAUAUGUGUAAAAUAAUCAAAACACAGAGGUAGUUGUUGAUGCAUUGUUGGAAGGAUUAGAAGCUGUUGAAAUUGCAUCAUGUGGAUUCUGCUUCCUGAAACUGAUGUGUUCUUACAACAGACUCCUCAAGACAAAAAUGAGCAGGAAGAAUGUCAAUAUCAUUUCUUUAGUGAUUUGAGAUAAUCUUCAAGUUACAUCAUUAGCUAGGAAAAAGCAAGGCACAGCAAAGUGAGUAUUAUGUGCCACUAUUUGUAUAUAAAAGGGGGAAAUUGUAAGUACAGAAUGAAUUGUAUGUAUAAGCUGUUUCUGGAAAGGAAUGUGAUUACCAUUACUACCUUACAAAAGGAAAGAGAGCAGUAGGUGACUAGGGUGAGGAAACUUGGAGACAUCUUUUGUAUUCUCUCAUAGCUUUGGAAAGUUGUAUAGUGUGAAUAUACUACCUGCUUGAACAAUAAAUCUUUUAAAAUCGCAUUAUA